CAGAUUGCUCCUAGGGAGGCUCCAAACCUCCACUUGACAAUGGGAAACUGGCUGGUUAACCACUGGCUCUCAGUGUUGUUUCUGGUUUCUUGGUUGGGGCUGAACAUUUUUCUGUUUUUGUAUGCCUUCCUGAAUUAUGAGAAGUCUGACAAAUACUAUUACACAAGAGAAAUUCUUGGGAAUACCUUAGCUUUUGCCAGAGCAUCAGCUUUCUGCUUGAAUUUUAAUAGCAUGAUGAUCUUGAUCCCUGUGUGUCGGAAUCUGCUGUCCUUCUUGAGGGGCGCCUGUUCAUUUUGCAACCGCACACUGAAAAAGCCUUUGGAUCACAACCUCAUCUUCCAUAAGCUGGUGGCAUAUAUGAUCUGCAUAUUCACAGCUAUUCAUAUCAUUGCACACCUAUUUAACUUUGAACGGUACAAUAAAAGUCAACAGGCCAUGGAUGGAUCUCUUGCUUCUGUUCUCUCCAGCCUAUCUCAUCAUGAGAAAGAAGUGAAUUCUUGGCUAAAUCCCAUAAAGUCUCCAAACGUGACAGUGAUGUAUGCUGCAUUUACCAGUAUUGCUGGUCUUACUGGAGUGAUUGCCACAGUAGCUUUGGUUCUCAUGGUAACUUCAGCUAUGGAGUUUAUCCGUAGGAAUUACUUUGAGCUCUUCUGGUAUACCCAUCACCUUUUUAUCAUCUAUAUCAUCUGCUUAGUGAUCCAUGGCCUGGGUGGGAUUGUCCGGAGCCAAACAGAGGAAAGCAUGGGUGAAAGUCAUCCCCAAAAUUGUUCAAAUUAUUUUCUUGAGUGGGACAAGUAUGAGUGGAGUUGCAGACAUCCUCAUUUUGUGGGGCACCCCCUUGAGUUUUGGAAGUGGAUCCUUGCACCAGUCAUCAUGUAUAUCUUUGAAAGGCUCCUUCGCUUUUAUCGCUCCCAGCAGAAGGUUGUAAUCACCAAGGUUGUAAUGCAUCCAUCUAAAGUUUUGGAAUUGCAGAUGAGCAAGCGUGGCUUUAGCAUGGAAGUAGGACAGUAUAUAUUUGUAAAUUGCCCCUCAAUUUCCUUCUUGGAGUGGCAUCCCUUCACUCUGACCUCUGCUCCAGAGGAAGAAUUUUUCUCCAUUCAUGUCAGAGCAGCAGGGGACUGGACAGAAAAUCUCAUAAGGACAUUUGAACAACAGCACUCACCAUUACCAAGGAUUGAGGUGGAUGGUCCCUUUGGCACGGUCAGUGAGGAUGUUUUCCAGUAUGAAGUGGCUGUACUGGUUGGGGCAGGGAUUGGGGUUACUCCCUUUGCUUCCAUCUUGAAAUCUAUCUGGUACAAAUUCCAGCGUGCAGACAAUAGUCUCAAAAUACAAAAGAUCUAUUUCUACUGGAUAUGCAGAGAGACAGGUGCCUUUGCCUGGUUCAACAACUUAUUGAAUUCCCUGGAACAAGAGAUGGAAGAAUUAGGCAAAAUGGAUUUCCUAAACUACCGUCUCUUCCUCACUGGCUGGGAUAGCAACAUUGCUGGUCAUGCAGCAUUAAACUUUGACAAAGCCACUGACAUCCUGACAGGUCUGAAACAGAAAACCUUCUUUGGGAGACCAAUGUGGGACAAUGAGUUUUCUAGAAUAGCUACUGCCCACCCCAAGUCUGUUGUGGGGGUUUUCUUAUGUGGCCCUCCGACUUUGGCAAAAAGCCUGCGCAAAUGCUGUCAGCGAUACUCAAGUCUAGAUCCUAGGAAGGUUCAAUUCUACUUCAACAAAGAAUCUUUCUGAAUUGUAGAAGGAAGCACAGUAGUUCUUCCACACUUUCCUUUUCUCUUCAUCAACUUGUCGGUCAGCUUCUAGAUAACAUUAUGACUAACAAGAACUUUUAAAAAAUGUUUUGCAUUCAACUUCAUCAUACUUGAGUUUUGCCAACCUGAGAGCUGUGUAAGUCACAAUAAUUACAAAACCCAUGAAUUGUUUUGUGGGGAAAAUUAUAAAUCCUUCUGGGAAACCUGCCUUUAGCUGAACUUUGCUGGUUGACACUUGCUCAAUUUAAGCCUCAGGUGUCUCGGAUGAUUCCUGGGCUUUGGUUCAUAUUCUUCCCUCCCACCUGUCCCUCACAAAAGAUUUCUAAGUUGGGUGACUUUUAAAAUAUUUAUUGAAUUAAUGAUAAAACAAUAAUCAUAAAUAAUACAUAAAAUCUCCAUGAUUUUCACUCAUAUCAUACCCAGUAAGAAAAUUGUUAGACAUGAUCUCAUCCAGUGUGACCAACAAUUUACACUUUACUUUUUUGCUUUGUCAAAAAAAGGUUUUCAUCUUUGCUUUUUGAACAAUUUUACUUACUGUCCUAGGCUUUCUUUCUGAAGUAGAUUAACUGUAAUCAAAUUUGUAUCAUAAUUAGAAGCCAACUAUGCUGUCAUUUUAUAUUGUUUGAAAUAACUGGGAAGGCCUGAUCUACAUCAUGUGAUGACUUAAUGUAACACAAGCUCUUUACUAAUUCCUUUGUUAAAGAGGUUUGUUUAUGAAUGUCUGGUAUAAAAAGAAAAUAAAGCAUUUAGAAUUGUGA